UAACAAAACAUGUGCAGGAUGAAAACAACAUCCUCAUGGGUUGGCACCUGGAGCUCGCCGCUGCUAUCAGGCCCUUCUCAACACUACAACCGCCAAUCGUACACUGCCAGAUAGCCAUGCUCGCCAUACCCGCGGACGUCCUUCUGCAAGUCUAUGAAGCCACGAUGGGAGAAUCUCCAUUCCUGAUUGAGAAUAUAUUAUUCAGUGACUGGGCCUCCCUCGUUGCCAUCAUGCAGAACAAGCCGCACGAACUGGAUGACAAGAUCCGUGAGUUUGCAAGCAAUAUCACCGAGGUAUGCAGGAAGUCAGAAAUUGAGAAUAGAGAGUUGAACCUCAUCAUUGCCAAAGCCGAGAAGAUCAUCCUUGAUCUACAUGGCUAUGAUACUGCGCACCUUGACUCUGCCGGACAGGUUUCCAUCGCUGAAAGAAACGAAACAUUUAUGGAUGCAUACAUUAACCGAAUGUCGCUUUCACAGGCCGAGCUAAAGUACCUCAAGAAGAAGGAAGCAGAACGGAGGAAAAAUGCGCACACCGAAAUCACUCCACUCACCAGGGAUGCUGGACACAAGUUUGCCAAGAACAACCCUUUCCUACCACUGGCAUCUAGCACUUGGAGAGAGAAAGCAGUACAAUGUGUCAACAAUCGCCUGUGGAAGCUCGACACUUUCAACUAUACUGCAACGAUUAUCGUAGAGGCAUACAUGGAGUUUGUCGGGCUCACUGACCCAGACAUAGAUAACUGUCGAGCUGCAGCAAGGAACGGUACGAUCUACUUCCCGGCUACAAGAGGAGGUUUAGACGCAAACUUCCCUCCAAUCGCCAAACUCGAGAAAGGAAAAUGUCUGAAGAGACCUCUGCUGCACCAGAAGGGCAUCCCGAAGUUCCCAGCAGACCUGUCCGAACUCAAGAAGCUCUGGGAUGCUGGAAGACCCUACCUGAAAUGCACAUGCCCCAGAUGCGAAAAGAAUCUCACCUGGUUUGACCAUACGAUAUGGUAUGUCCUUGGCAACCUGGACAAGAUCGAUCCGCACGCGCCUAUCGACAAAAUCAGGAUGCUGGAAUUCCAAGCUCUCCUCCAUACAACAUGGAGUAAACCAAUCAUGGCGCAAAUCUCCUUCAUCUUCAUGAGGGAGUACAUGAUCAAGAUUGUCCACCUACUCACCGAAAACAGAGUCAUUUCAGCCAAGGAGAUCCUCAACUACGAAGACUUCAAGAACGUACCAUUUGGACACAAGUUCACCGCCGAGCUCCUACCGAACGCUGAAGGUCUCCUUGCACAGUCAGCCAGCAGACGAAGUCAACCAGACAUCGAAGACAACUAACUGAGAAGAUGCUGACUGAUGAGGAUCGACAGCACACCGUCUUCAACUGUGACACUC